ACCUACCACCACACUUCUCCACUACAUACACCAAAGUCAAGGAUGAAUAAACCAACGUGUCAAUUUCUUGAGCCAAGGCCGCUGCAAUUUCACAUGAUUUUAGGCACAUGAAACAGAUCAGGGCCACCUUUCGUGAUGUGAUUUGCGGAAGAAACGUGUUGCUAACGCCGAGACUCGGCCCUCCUUUUAGUUCCAGGCGGCGACGUACCGAACCAAAGGCCACUCGCCCCGUCCCCGUCCCCGUCCGCCUCGACACGACACGACACGACGCGAUGGCCGCGCCCGCGCCCUCGCCCUCGCCCUCGCCCUCCCGCCACCACCGCCCCGAUGAGCCUCCCUCGGAGGAGGAGGCGGCGAGGGACUGGGCGGGGCUGCCGUGGGACGCGCUGCUGGCCGUGCUCCACCGGCUGGACCACGUCGACGUCCUCAUGGGGGCCGGCCAGGUGUGCAGCCCCUGGCGCUGCGCUGCGCGGGACGAGCCGGAGCUGUGGCGCCGCGUCGAGGUGCGCUCCCACGCCGACCGCCGCCCCUUCCACACCGCGGAGCCUUCCCGCGCCAGGCGCCACUCCUGCGCCGUCCUCUGCGGGCUGGCGCGCGCCGCCGUCAGGCGCGCCGCGGGGCAGUGCGAGGCCUUCUGCGGCGAGGGCGCCGCCGACGACAGUGUCCUCUCCCUCCUCGCCGACGAGGCGCCCUCGCUGAAGAGCCUCCGGAUCAUCUCCGGCGACAGGAUCGUCGACGGGAGGCUCAGGCUCACCGUCACGAGCUUCACCCUGCUGGAGGAGCUGGAGCUGUCGCUCUGCACCGACGUUUACCCGGGGACGUGCGAGGCCGUCGGCAGCGCCUGCCCUCGCCUCAGGCGCUUCCGGCUGAGCAAGGACGGGUUCUGCAAGUGGUACACCAAGAACAUCGACCAGGAAGCCAUGGCCAUCGCCACCAUGCGCGGGCUGCGCUCGCUUCAGCUCUUCGCCAACCCUCUCAGCAACGACGGGCUGGCGGCCAUCCUUGCCGGGUGCACGCGCCUCGAGUCGCUCGACAUCCGCCACUGCUUCAACGUUGGGAUGGGCGCUGCUGCGAUCCGAGCACGGUGUCCUGGGAUCCACACGCUGAGGCUCCCCCGUGACUCGACGAUUGACUACGAUCUCAAGUUUUCUCCCCAGGAUAUGACCCCGUGGAAUACCCAGGACGAGAAUUACUGCGAUUGGCACGACCUGAUCUAUUGCAGUUCAUGGUAGUGUAGUGUACUAGUGUGCAACUACACCUCAAAAUGUAUAGAACAUAAAGGGAUGGUUGAUAAGAUAAUUGUAUUUAAAUCUUGCAUGUAAUUUAGAGAUGAUAAAAAAAGUUUAUAAUGGAUCAUCUUUUAGCUUUA